AAUUUCAGAAAAUCCAAAUUAAAGUCACGAUCAUUUGGAUGAACUCUGCUAUUGCAAAUGUGCUGAUAGUGGAGCUUGCCGUGCAGUAUUUCCCUAGUCCUCCCUAGAUGUUGACUGCUGUGUGAGCAGGAAAAUGUGGACGGAGGUAAAAAAACAAAACAAGAGCAAGACUGUCAUCGGCAACAGGAACAGCUCGAAGAUGGGUGACCCAGAUCUGACACGACAGCUUUUACACACUGUUCAACAGAGAAAUGGUUCAACUGCAGCUGCCACUUAUCCUGCUCUAACAGAGGACUCUUUAACCAGCAGCAGUGGAAUCAUCCCUGGUGCAAUUGCAGCCACGGUGUUCAUUGCCUUUUUACUUGCUCUCUACGCUGUCCUCUGGAAGUGCAUGGUGUCACCACCACAACGAAAGCACAGCAAGGUGAGGAGGAGAGUAAAAAAGAGGACGUCUGUGUGAAGAAUGACAUCCAGGUUGAGAAUAUCUUGCGGUUGUUCAGCAGGUCACUUUGGAUCUCAAUUGUGUGCACUAAAGACUUUGCUCCCAGUCAGAGAAAAGCACCCUAGUAACAUAACGCCACUGAAGAAGAUCCUGCUAAUAGAUCCAAAGCUCAAACCACAAACACCUGAUUUAACUGAGUGGAUGUGUCACCUGUUUCCCUCAGCUCUACUGCCUACUUGUGCUCCUGUUGACUCAAAGCUCUAUGUUGAUGUGAAGCGCUUGUUUGGCAGGUCAGACCAUGCUGUUUUUUCUGUGAACUUUGCACUACUGAGGGACGAGGCAGCACCAAUAAGUUGUGUGUCUGAGAGAUAGAUUGUGCUGAAUUUAUUACAUGUUUGUGUGCAUCUUUUGUACUGGCACCAAAUUGACUGUUGCAUUUUAAGCAUGCCCUCUUUUCUGGCAUUAUAUUUUUUUAUGUAACUUUGUUUUACAGUACAUAAUGGCAUCUGUUUGUUUCAUUUACAUCCAUUGGAAUUUGUCCUCAUUUUUUAAAGAUAUUAGGGAAAAUUCCUAAAGUUGCCAGGGUGUUCAGGACUAUCAGCCAAGUAUUUGGACAGCAUUUACUGUGGAAAUCAGAAAUGGAUUUUAUUUUAUAUUUGUCCUCUGUAGUCUGCUUUGAAAUUCACACUUUACUCAGGAUGUUGUAACUACUGGAUGAUUUUUGACACUAUAAUAGCCUGUGACUUUUUGAGUGGAAUGUGAAAAUUAAUUCAUGCUAAGCUCUGUGACUUAGUCACAAUUAGGUCGAGCUUCAAAUCAG